GCACUGACCAUGGAUCUGGCAAAUGAGAGCUUCACAGGGGAGUUUGUUCUGUUGGGAUUCUCAGACAAGCCCUGGCUGGAGUUUCCAGUCUUCGUGGUCCUCUUGACCUCUUACAUAGUGACCAUCUUUGGAAAUCUCAACAUCAUUAUGGUGUCCCGCCUGGACUCCAAACUCCAUACACCCAUGUACUUCUUUCUAUCCAACCUGUCAGCCAUUGAUCUGUGUUACAUCACAUGUACAGUUCCACAAAUGAUGGUAAAUUUACGCAGCAUUAAGAAAGUAAUCAGCUAUGGUGGUUGUGCAGCCCAGCUUUUCAUGUUCCUGGCCUUGGGUGCUACAGAGUGUGUUCUCCUAGCUGUCAUGUCCUUCGACAGGUUUGUAGCCAUCUGCCGGCCUCUCCAUUACUCAGUCAUCAUGCACCAGAGACUCUGCCUCCAGUUGGCAGCAGCAUCAUGGAUCAUUGGCUUUGGAAAUUCAGUGUGGUUGUCCAUCCUGACCCUCCGGCUGCCGCUCUGUGGCCACCGUGUCAUAGAUCACUUUCUCUGUGAAGUGCCUGCACUGCUCAAGUUGUCUUGUGUUGAUACAACCGCAAACGAGGCCGAACUCUUCUUUGUAAGUGUGCUUUUCCACCUGAUACCCCUGACACUCAUCCUUGCAUCAUAUGCGUUUAUUGCCCAAGCAAUCUUGAAAAUCCAAUCUGCAGAAGGUCGACAAAAGGCAUUUGGGACCUGUGGCUCUCAUCUAAUAGUGGUGUCGCUAUUUUAUGGAACAGCUAUCUCCAUGUACCUGCAACCGCCUUCGCCCCACUCCAAGGACCGGGGAAAGAUGGUUUCCCUCUUCUAUGGAAUCAUCGCCCCCAUGCUGAACCCCCUUAUCUAUACACUUAGGAACAAAGAGGUAAAAGAAGCCUUUAAAAGGUUGAUCACCAGAGUCUCUGUAAUCAAGAACUAA